AUGGAGGCAUCGCCGACGGUGGUGGAACGCGCGGUGAUCGCGCGUACGUCGGAACCGGGGGUGGAGGCGAGUGGGAUCGCGAGACGGGAGCGGCGGUGGCCGAGAGGCUUGGGCGUUACAGCGGCGUGGCUGUGCGGGAUCACGCUCGUCAUCGCCCUCGCCGGGGGGCUGAACGACGAGCGAAGGGUGCACAUGCUGAACGUGUACUAUCAGGCGCCAACGGUGGUGACGUUGGCGCUGCUUCUGUGGGGGCACAACCUGCGGGUGUGGCAGCGUCUUCGUUUGACGCCGUCGCCGUUGGUGUGCUUCGGCGUCGAGCACAGCGAGUCAGUGACGUUCGAGAACGUGUAUAGAAUCGCGCACGCAAGCGCGGUCGGGUUGCUCGCCUCGAUGUUGGCGUUUUUGUACACGUACGACGUGGACGAGCCGUUCGCGGCGACGGCAGUGAUACUCGUCACGUACAUUGUCCCGAUAACGGUCACGAUGUGGCCCACCAGGACGAAGGGUGUCGGUGAGCUACGCGCGUACUUUCGCGGGCUGAUAUUCAACUGCCUCACCCCGCUCGUGAGACCAGUCGCCUUUGCCGAUUUCUUCUUUGCCGACAUUCUUUGCUCACUGGCAAAAUCUCUUAGCGACAUAGAGCGCGUGUUCUGCAGCGCGCGACAAGGAAUCAUACUGAUUCACACAAGCGCCGGGAAGUGUGGUGAUAGGAGCUGGACAAUUCCAGCCGUGCUGAUCGUUCCGUCAGUCAUACGCUUGCUGCAGUGCCUUAGACAAUACGCCGAUACGCGCGACAAAAAAUGCUUGUACAACGCGUGCAAGUAUAUGAGUGCGUUUCCGGUCAUCAUCAUCUCAGGUGUUCGACACUCCAUCGAUCAUGACGAUUGGGUGUACUUCUGGCGCCCUCGCUGGAUCGGUUUCUGCGUCUUGAACACUAUUUUUAGCUUCUACUGGGACAUCAAACAUGAUUGGGCACUGACGAUGUUUGGUGAUCCAGCGCGACGAGCCAGAGAGAAAACGUCCGCGCCGCUGUGGCUGCGCGAGCAUCGCAUAUAUGGUUCUCCUAGGGUGUACUACCGAGCGAUAUUCGUGAAUUUCGUCUUGCGGAUCGUCUGGACGUACAAGCUUGCGUCGCACCUGCGGCACAACAGCGGCGUGCUAUGGCUCGUCACCAUGGCGGAGAUCACGCGACGCUUCCAGUGGUCGCUGUUCCGCGUCGAGGUGGAGUACAUCAGACGUGGUUAUGCAUAG